CAAUAGAUCAUGGGGAAUGGGAGCCGCCGUAUCACUCAAUCAAUCAAUUCUCUGUUUUAAAUUAAAAGAAUUGAAUUUAUUUAAUUCAUUCAGUUUGACUUAAGAUAGCGCAUAAGAUAGCGCGGGGUAGCUAGCUCGUUGGCUAGCUGGGCCAACGUCAGCAGCCAUGGCUUCCUAUUCAGAAUUGAGGAAAACGAACCACUUCUAUUAUUUCAUCAAAUUCACGUUAAAUGUCUACUCUAUGCUCUUUUCGCUCAUGGGUCUGUGUGUGUUGUGUGUGGGGGUGUACGCGGAGGUGGAGAGGCAGAAGAACCGCACCCUGGAGGGGGUCUUCCUGGCUCCUGCAGUGGUACUUAUUCUGCUGGGCCUUGUAAUGUUCACUGUGUCAGUGGUGGGAAUGGUGGGAUCCCUCAGGGACAACAAAACCCUGCUACACAUGUUCCUCUGUGUGCUUUGUGUGUUGCUGCUUCUCCAGGCAGUGGCACUUAUUACUGCUCUCAUCUUUGAGAAAAAGACAUCAGCCUUGUUUCAGAAGAGCAUACAAGAGGGAAUUAAACACUAUUAUGAUGACCUUGACUUCAAAAAUAUCUUGGACUACGUACAACAGAAGUUUUCAUGUUGUGGAGGGGAUGAGUACAAGGACUGGGGAGUCAACCAAUACCAUUUCUGCAAUGGUACCGGUCCACUGGCUUGCGGGGUUCCAUAUACCUGCUGUGUCCGCCACAAGGUCGGAGAAGUCAUCAACACUCUUUGUGGCUACCAGACUCUUAAGAAAGCGCGUGAAACCCUGCUGGAGUUGAUCCAUGUACGAGGCUGCAUCCACGCUGUCAACCUCUGGAUGAGCGACAACAUUGGAACAACCAUUGCACUGUGCUGCGCUAUUGGGCUGCCACAGCUGCUGGGCAUCAUCCUGAGCUGUGUGUUCUGGAACCUUCUGGUUGACAUGAGCCAGUCCACUGACAUGGUGGACUUCAAGAAUAUGAAGAAGGCUGGGUUUGAGUACAGCGAAUUGGACCUGGCCGGUGCCGGCUGGUGCAUGUGUCUGCCACGGGAUGGAGGCUACCUGCCUGUCCCCGCCAGCGAGCCCGAGCUAGACCCCAUUGACAUACACCUGCAAAAGCUCAAGAAGCAGCCGCCUCGUACGCACUCCCAGCUCCGCGAGCUGCAGGAGUCGAGGUCGGCCACCGGGCUGGACGAGGUAGACAUUGGUCGCAAGCUAAAAAGGGAACACUGAAUGCUCUUUUUUUGAAUCGGUUUUUCUUUUUUCGUUUUUUCCCUUCUUUUUUAAUUUAUUUAUUUUUAUUCUGCCACUUAUUGUUGCAUUUGUUAGAAACAUUGCACUACCUGAUGAUUGAGCCUUUCAUCGUCAGAUCAACAGAAUUUAAUUAACUAAAGGGAUCCCAAAUAAUCUGACACUUUGUUGAGGCAUUUGGGGGUUAGUCAUUUCCCUUGUUUACAAUAAAAUUUAACAGGAUAUAACAUUGUCUCCCCCCCCCCCAAGAUAUCUUAUCUCCUUUUGUAGCAGCUGAAAGGGAAGAAUUUUGGCAUUAUGAUAUAUCAUGUUCUAUUUUGAUUUACGAGCCUUUGAUUUUGAGCUCUGUCUCAUGUACUAAAAGCUUACCUCAGGCUGUUGUGAAAAUGGCCCAGGACAGUGAUAUUUGGUGUAUAAAUGUAUGUUAGCUUGAUAUGAGGUUUCCCAUGUCUGAGAAAUAGGAAUAGCCUGAUAUGUUUUGCGUGCAAAGUCUGUGACGGAUGUGUUCGUACAGUAAUAAUGUUUUUAUUAUUUUUUUAUUUAAUCAUUAUCUUAGUUUUUAUUUUGGGCAUUGCAUACAUAAUAAGACUGACGGUUAUUAAUUAACACGGGACGCAUGUUUUGUACUGUAUAUGAAUUAUGGAAAUGGGGCGGGGGGGAUUUAGAGGUGUUAGUCUCUCAUCAGGGGUGGGGUGGGGGUUUAGUCGAUCCCAUCUUUUUAAUGAAACUUUUUAUUCUUCCCAGCUUUUAAAAUAAAAUAAAAAAAAAAAGAGGGAAAGUCCAACACUACCAGUUCAGUAGAGAGCAACAGUUUGGCUGUUUCUUCGUAUGUGAUUUAUGCACUGUUUUUGAGCUUCUCCCCAGCUCCUGCCUUGUAUCAACACUACUGUUCUCGUCAAUAAACCUGAAUUU